UUAGUUUUUGAAACGCCGUCAUAGGCGCUGCGUGCCGAGCAAAAAUCUCUCCCGUGUCAGCUUCAAUAUUUAGUUGUACCACUGUGCAACUGCUUUGCAUGUGUGUGGGUGUAUGUGCAUUCUGUUGCUCAUCGUCGGCAGCAGGUUUUUAAAUAAAUAGCACAACACAACAACAACGACAACGACACGCACAACGCGAACAGCAACAACAACAAGCAUUCAACAAACGAACAAAAAUAAAAAAAUUAUUUUCAAAAAAAAAUAAAUCACAAAGCAAAAAAAAACAUAGAAACGGCAAUUUGAAAUAACUUUUGGACAAGUGGAGAGUGAGUCAAGUGGAGGUGUGCCACCACCGCCCAACCAACACGACAACCCAACAGCCGACACAGUCGUUGGUGCUAAUGUGCAAAGUUUUGUGUUUUCAUCAACAACAACACAACAACGACAACAACAAAAGCGGAAAAAUCACAGAAAAUUAUUUAAAAAGUGUGUGCAAAUAGUCGACGAAAAGUGGGCGACCAAAGUGCCAACAACAACAGCACAAGCAGAGAGUAACAACAAGGAGAACCCCUGGAGAAUUAACAGAACGGAAAACAGUUUUUGAGUUUCUGAGUAGCUGAGUUGCUGACUUGCUGAAGAUGCCCUUCGUGACGCCCCGUAGCACAACAAGCGCUGGCAGCGCCGCCGGCAGCAACAGCGGCAGCAGCGGACGCACUACAUUUCGUCCGCCUUGGGUGAAAGAGGAUGCCGCCACAGUGUCCAGUGCCGCCACAAAGCCAGCGACAACACCGUGGGCCAAAAAGGCAACCGCCAACGAGGCCAAGGAAAAUGGCGAGAAGGCUGCAACAACAACGACAACCACAACCAACAGCAAAGCAAAGGCAGCUCCAGCAACAACAACAACAACAACAGGGGGAGCGGCCAAAAAGUCAGCUGAGCCGGCUAAGAAAACAGCAGUGGAGCCCGUCAAGAAAACAACAGCAGCGGCAACAACAACAACAACCAAAGCAGCUGCCAAUAAGAAUACUGAGCCGAUUGUGAAGAAGACGACGCUACCGUUGAAGAAAGCAGCUCCAGAGCCAGUGAAGAAAGCAGCAUCUAGUCUUGUAACAAAGAAGCCGGCGGCUAAGAAGAAGGAACCAACGCCACCGCCAGAGUCUUCCUCCUCCGAGGAGGAAAGCGAAGAGGAGGAGGAAGAAGAAAGCGAAGAGGAAACCGAAUCUGAGGAGGAAGUGACCGAGGAGGAAGAAACCGAUGAAGACGAAGAGGACGACGACGACGACGACGAUGAUGAUGAUGAUGACACCACUGUGGAAGCCAAGGUUCCGGAGCACGUUAAGAAAGCCGCACAGCUGCGUCCCACGCAGAUCAACAAGAAACCGGAGCCGCAGGAAAGUGAGUUGACACAGCGUUUCACAUUAGAGAAACCCAAAUUGCGCAGCGUUGUGGUCAAGCGGGAUAAAUCAAUGAAAAAGGUGGCGCCCGAGGACGACGAUGAAGCCGUCGAGGGUGAGACCGAGGAGGAGCGCGAGCGUCGACUGCGCUUUAAGCUUGAGAAACCAAAGCUGAGGCAUGUGAAGCGCGAGGAGAAACCUUUGCCCAGCAAGAGCACCGAUAAUCUGCUCAAGAUUCGGCCAGUGCUGAAAAAGGUACCCAAAAUUGAUGAAAUACUUAAAGAACCCAAAGAAGAACCCAAGCCCGAGUUCAAGACCAAAACCCUGAGGAAAGCGCCCUCAAUAAAGCGCGAGCAAAGCAUCAAAAAUGUUCCAGCGCCGCCGCCGCUGCCAUCUCUGGUGCCAAAGGCGCCACCACCGCCACCGCCUCCAUUGGCUGCCGGCGAAAAGCGCGAGUUAUCCGACACGCAGAAGAAAACACUCGAAAAGCUGAAAACACGACCACGACGACGUCCAGACUGGUCCGAGAUGAUGAAGGAGGUCGAGAGCGGCAGGAAGCUGCGCCAUGUGGCAUGCAACGAUAGAUCUCAGCCCAUAUUGACGUGCAAGUCGAUGACCAAAGUGGACGACAAGUUCAUCUAUGAAACAGAGAAGGACAAUUCGCACAACAAGCUGCUCAAGCAGAUCCAAGGCGGCGUUCGGUUGCGUCCCACACAGACGAAUGAUCGCAGCAAACCCAUUUUGGGGGGAUUGCGCAAGUUCCGUCGCCAGAUGACCAUUGAGGAGCAGCUGCACAAGUCGCAGUCAAAGGUCAAUAUGCUGAGCGAGGCGCCCAGCAGUCAUGCGCUCGGUCCGGGAGCUAAUGCCAGUGCACUUGGAGCAGGCAGCUCCAGGCCCAGCAUUGUGUCGGCCAUGUCCAUUGAUGAGGAGAGUCCCGAUGAGCUGGAUGACAUUGAUAAGAUUCGCGACGAUCUGCAGAGCACCAAGCAAAUGUUGGCCAUGGAGCUGCGCAAUCGGGACGCGCAGGAACGUGAGAAUAAGAAACUGUUGGCCAAAAUCCGAACGUUGGAAACUGAACUGGAGCGGGAGAAGUCGCGAGAGAAGAAUCUCGAGUACGGUUCAAAUGUCAUUGUGGCCACCAUGGAUCCCACGCCCACAUCCGAGCAGGCGUACGUCAAUUCGCUGAAACGCGAGGUGGAGGAUGCGCGCAAGGUGUCCAAGGAGGUGGAACAGAACUACCACGACACCAGCGAGCUGCUCGUCGAAGCGAAAACGGAAAUCGAGGAACAAAGGCGACAGAUACAAUUGCUGGAGCGCAAAUUGGCAGCGGCGCUGCAGGGCAAUUCGACGCCAAGCACUAACAGACCGCAUAUUAGUAAUUGCUUUGCUUACGACGAUGACAGCGAUGAUUACUACGACCAGGUGACCAAUCACGGUAAUCACGGUAAUCACGGCCUGUACAAGGGUGGCGGCUCAUUGGAUGGAUCCCGGCGACCAAGCGACGCACACUUUGGACGCGACAGUUCCCCAGAGCUGGAUCUGGAGCUUAGCGAAAGCGAUCCAGAUGAGCCCGAGGAGAAGAAGACAGAACGACGCGAACGACGACUGGGCAAGGAGGUGAAGGUGUUGCGCAGCAAACUAACCAAGCUAAAGGUUAAGGAAGAGGCAGCCAAGAAGGAGAAGGAUGCACUGAAACAGGCCAUGAAGAAGAAUCAUGUUAUUCUCAAAGAGGAGAAUAAAAAGUUCAAGAAACUGGAGAAGGAAGUACAGAAGAUGGCCGCCUCGAUGAAGCUGGAUGAAGACGAACUUGACAGUGAGGACAAGGAUGAAGAGGAAGAGGAAGCGGAACAAGAGGAAGAGCAAGAAUCAGAAGACGAGUCUGAGGAAUCGGAAUCAGAAGAAAGCGAAGAGGAAUCGGGCAGCGAAUCAGAAGCGGAGGAUUCCGCUAAUUCCGCUAAGAAGGGCAAUCUGGAACCGCGAGUUAAGAAGCACGAGAGUCGCUUUGCCGCAAUGAGGAAAUGCAAUGUGCUCCUUCAGGCAAAUGUGGACAAUUUGCAGGAUCAAAUUUCACAGGUGCGCUCCCGGGCUACAAAUCUACAAGACGAACUGGAUGCCGUAAUUGCCGAUUUGGGUUUCUAAAUGUUUUUAUAUCACCAUAUGUCGCAACAACCAACAGCUGCUCCCAAAAAUCGAAUGUACAACGUGUUUGUUUUCUGUUUGCGUAGUGUUCCUUUUUCAAUGUAUUUAAAUAUAAUAUUUUAUCAAAAUA